UCAAUUACCGCGUCCAACAUCCUCUACCUUCCUUUCAAGAUAUCUCUCUCUCUCUCUCUAGAUACAAUCUCCGAUCACAUCCUGCCUCGAACAAGAUCGACAAUGGCACUAUCAGCAGUGCAAAACCUCUUCAAAGAAAGAAAAUACCCCUUCAUCCUCGCAUCCACGAUCUUGCUCUUGCUCUUCGUCACCCUCCUCGUCCUCACCGCUGGCUCUCAAUCCUCACUCUCCUUCUACUCCCAAUCCGAUCUCCAACGGAUCUCUUCGCCGACGCCUCCUCCUCCGCCGUCGAACCCGUCCGUUCCGGCCCCGGUCGGAGAACCGCCGCGAAAAGCGCCGCCCACUUCGUUGGAUGGCGCGCCUCUGGAUUUGAGCUUGAAGUGGGCGGUGUGUAAGGGACCGACGGCGGUGGAUUUCAUACCGUGCUUGGACAAUUUCAAGGCGAUCAAGGGGUUGAAGUCGAGGCGGCACAUGGAACACCGAGAGCGGCAUUGCCCGAGCCCUAGCCCGCGUUGUCUGGUGCCACUUCCGAAAGGGUAUAAGGUGCCUGUUCCGUGGCCUAAGAGCAGGGACAUGAUCUGGUACAACAAUGUUCCUCACCCAAAGCUUGUUGAAUACAAGAAGGACCAAAACUGGGUGCAGAAAUCUGGUGAUUAUUUUCAUUUUCCAGGAGGAGGAACUCAAUUUAAGGAUGGAGUUGCUAAUUAUAUUGAGUUUGUAGAAAAGACUUUACCGACCAUAGAAUGGGGAAAACACGUCAGGGUUAUUUUAGAUGUUGGCUGUGGAGUUGCCAGCUUUGGUGGUUAUUUGCUGGACAAAGAUGUAAUUACCAUGUCAUUGGCCCCAAAGGAUGAGCAUGAAGCUCAGAUACAAUUUGCUCUAGAACGAGGAAUUCCUGCCACUCUUUCCGUUAUAGGAACACAGAUGCUGACUUUUCCGGAUAACGUGUAUGACUUGAUUCAUUGUGCAAGAUGCAGGGUUCACUGGGAUGGAGAUGGUGGGAAGCCACUAUUGGAGCUCAACAGGAUUCUCAGGCCUGGGGGUUUCUUUCUAUGGUCAGCUACCCCAGUUUAUCGCAAUGACGAGAAGGAUCAAACUGUCUGGAAUGCUAUGGUUGAUUUGACGAAGUCCAUGUGCUGGAAGGUGGUGGCUAAAGCUAUUGACUCAUCUGGGAUUGGCCUGGUGAUAUAUCAAAAACCUGUUUCAUCUUCCUGCUAUCAGGAACGUGAACAAAGUAGUCCCCCUUUAUGUGAACAGCAAGAUCAGCGGCAACAUUCUUGGUAUGUUCCUCUUGGCGGCUGCCUUAACAGGCUUCCAGAGAAUAGAAGUUGGCCUGCUCCCUGGCCUAAAAGGCUCAGGAUUAAACCUUUAAGCUUGUCAAGUGAAGUUGAAACUGAGCAAAUGUUCUACGAAGAUAGCAAACACUGGUCUGCCCUUGUUUCAGAUGUUUAUUUGGAAGGCCUUGGCAUCAACUGGUCAAGCGUGAGGAAUGUGAUGGAUAUGAAUGCUGGUUAUGGAGGCUUCGCAGCAGCGCUCAACGACAUGCCACUCUGGGUUAUGAAUGUUGUCCCAAUUCAUGUGCAAGAUUCUCUUUCUGUUAUAUUUGACAGAGGGUUGAUUGGAACCUAUCAUGACUGGUGCGAAUCUUUCAAUACCUACCCUCGAACAUAUGAUCUGCUUCAUUCCAGUUUUCUCUUCAAAGAGCUCCCGGAGAGAUGUGAGGUUGUAGAUAUAGCUGCAGAGAUGGAUCGUGUAUUGAGACCGGGUGGAUAUGUUCUGGUACAAGACAGCAUAGAAGUUAUAAACAAACUCGGUCCAGUUUUGCGGUCCCUUCACUGGUCGGUGACCGUUCACCAAGAGCAGUUUCUUGUUGGUAAGAAAGGAUUUUGGCGACCAGGAGAUGGCAGCAUCAGUACAUGAGUGCGCUCCCCAUCUGUACGA